AUGCUAGAUACCAACGGGCAGACCGGAAAUUUCUCGCAGGGUAGUAAGCAGAAAUCGCUGCAGCAGGAUCCCUCCACCGCGAAGCCUGAGCUCUACGUCUCGUCGUGUAAGGACAACGUGUCUCUGGAGCUGCUGAAGCUCGACUUCCUCGCGUACCAUUUGCUUGUGCGGCAGCCGUGGCUGGUUGCAGCGACCAAGCAGAUUCCGGAUGACGGCUCCGUGUCGAUUCCGGACAAGAGCGAGGCCGUGACGCCGAAGCGGACCCGCCGGAAGCAUGUCGUGUUAACUCGCCCGGACUUCCGCGCUAGAGCAUACAUUCGACGAUAUGUCGGUAAAAACCCAGCCUUCUCCCUGCAUGCCCUGGGCUGCAAGGGCCAGCCAGUCGGCGGUACGUCGUGCCUGCGCCGUUGCCACACGCACUCUUUUCUCGAUGCCUAUGUCAAGUCAACCAUGCGUUCCGGCGGUAUUGACAAGUCUGCGUAUUUUGGCAUCUACGCGUUCGUCGAGAGGCGGCUGAUGCGGCACUUCGGCGGCCUGGUGCCGGGCGUCAACCCUACGGGAACCUGCGUGCACGUGGGCGACUCCGCGAUUGAGGAGGAUAUGACGUUAAAGGAGCUGGCUACAUACGUGCAGGACUCCGAGAAUAUGCUGCACGUGCUCUCGCGGAAACCUGGAGUUUACGUGCGCCUGCUGUUCAUCGCCUUGUUGAUGCUGUUGCGCAACUUGCGCCGCGCCCUACGCCGCCACCCGCCUUCGGCGAUGCUCAUCGAGUUCACGAUUUUAUGCGCCGAGGCCUUACAAUUCACCCACGAGUAUGCGCACCGGGUCUGCAUCGCCCUCUACACGAAGCUUGUGCAUCGGCUGGGACCCACGCCGUGUGCCCACACCAUCCAGCUCGCACCGCCGAACUUUCCUGACUUCAUAGAGCCGGACCUUGCUGCGUCAGCGAGCCCUGAGCCACGAGUGGGGAGGUCAUGUAUGUAUUCCCCCUAUUCGCACCACUGUUGCUCCACCAUACGGGAUUCGACGGUGUCCCGUCGUGACGAAGAGUUCAAGCGAAACAGGAACCUGCUUAUUACAUACCGAGAGCAAUGCACUAGCUACAAGAAGGCUCUCAUCAUACGCGGGCAAUUAGCAUGGAAGGGGUACCGCGAUGAGUUGGACUGCGAAAUUGCGAACAACCCCAUUCAGCAACAGCGGAGCGACGCCAAUUCUGGCGACCCCCAGUCAUCGGCUCGGACUCAUGAUACCGCGUUACCCGAGGAUUCCCCAUCAUGUAGCAUCUUUUCGGAAUUCGUAAACGUGGCUGACAAGCUGCUGUUCCAGUGGAGCAUAGGCCUCUGCAGAUAUGCGUCCGAGGCCAACAGGAUCAUCCAGAACCCGCUGCUGAUGGAAUACAGGUCCCUGGGCUUCGGGCUGCCCUCUGAGGGCCCAGUCAAGCUCUACAAGGAGGUGCACGGCCCAAACCUGACGAUGCAUCGCUUCAAAAGGCUGGCCGCCAUUAUAAGAGGAAGAAUGCCCCAAAAGUCAGAAACGGAGGAAUGCCGAAAAGAGCCACCAAAGAAGCAAGCAAAGGCGACCCCAGCGAAGAUACCGGCGUCAAACAAAACUUCAGAAGAGGUUGAUCCGGCGCUUCCCGCCAAGAGUGCCGCCGAGAAAGCCGCUGAGUCGGAAGUGACUCGAGACGUUUCCGAUUCCUCAUCGGCGGGAAGUUGUUCGGUCGACCUGACUUUGCAUGACGUUGUUUGCCCAGCCGACGCCUCGAGACUUUCAAUGUUCUUCUCGCCAUUGUGGAGGACGGAGCAAGAGGAUGGUUGCAAAUCGUGCGACCCCUCACUUGUGUUCCGCAGACCUGUUUCGUGUGGCAUGCGCCAAAGUGCUGCGCGGGCUGAGGCGGACAAUAAAGAAGAUAAAGACGCCCCGCCAACCGCGCAUACUAGCGCUGAAAUGCCGUCCGUGCCGCGUUUAACUAGCGCCAUGGAUGACGAUUGGUCAUGCUUUCUUGUUAAUAAGGCAGUUGACAGGACGGAGACCGAUUUCUGCAACGUUGACGUUGCAGCUGCAGAGCAAGAGCAGCCCAUGGCAUCGGCAUCAAGCUCACCCCAAAAGGAGAACCGUAGAGAUGAGCCGGAGGCAGAAAGUCACAAAUCGGCCCCAACAACCAUAGAGCAGGCUGAAGAGACUGUCGUCCCAACAGAAACCGCCGCCCCUGAGGAAAUCUCAGCUCCUGAGGCAGCCAACCUCGCUGCGAAAACGUUACCAGCCGAGGAAAUCACCCCGGCUGCAGAAAUCUCACCUCCUGCUGAAAUCGCAAAAUCUGGGGAAACUGCCGCACCUACGGAAAUCAUCAACCCUGCAAAAACGUCACCAGUUGAGACAAUCACCACCCCUGAAGAAGCGUCGCAGCCUGAGGAAACUACCGCUUCUGAGGGAGUGUCGCAGCCUGAAGAAACCACCGCCUCUGAGGGAAUGUCGCAGCCUGAGGAAACCACCGCUUCUGAGGGAGUAUCUCAACAUGAGGAAACCACCGUUUCUGAGGGAGUGUCGCAAUCUGAUGAGAUCAUCACCCCUGAAGAAGCCGCACCAGAUGCAGAAACGCCACUUCCUGCGGAAACGUCGCCCCCUGAGGAAAUUGCCACCCCCGAGGAAAGUAGCACCCCUGAGGAGGUGUCGCAACCUGAAACAAACCCAGUAGGGAUUACACUUAGGAACCGAGGUUUGCGGAUUCAGGUGGGGUCGACAUCGGCGUCGCCGCAGCUGAAGAGCGCCACCCCCGCACGUCGCAGGGGCAAGUGGAAACGAGACGAAGUACUCACGCUAGUAGAUGCAAUAAACAAGCACGGCGCGGGCAGGUGGGCCUAUUUCGCCACCACGUACUUCGGCGGCCGGCGGACUGGGAUGCAGCUGAAGGACAAGUGGUGCAACCUCUUGCGCUACAGGCACGUAUUCCAGGACACCUCAGCUAGGCGCACUGGAGUCAGUCUCAUACCGCCGUGGCGGCUAGUUGACAACUUUGAGUGA